AGAAACAGGAAGUCAGGAAGACAUUUUUAUAAGACCACCAAGAAGAGCAAGCAAACAACAACCUUAAUUUAUGUAUAUACAGAUUACUGACGUCCAAAAUCAACGUGUCCCGUAUCAGAGAGAAGCCUAUGGCUCUGCAGUAAAAAUGGAGGUUCCUUCCUACCUGUCUAGGCUCUUGUCUGAGCUGAACGAACAGCGUAAGAGAGACUUCUUCUGUGACUGCAGCAUCAUAGUGGAGGGACGUGUUUUCAAGGCACACCGAAAUAUUCUUUUCGCCAGCAGUGGUUAUUUUCGGGCCCUCCUGGUGCGUUACCUGCAGGACAAUGGCCAACGAAAUAGCACAGCCUCUCUAGACAUAGUCACAGCCGAGGCGUUCUCAUUCAUCCUGGACUUUCUGUAUUCAGGGAGACUCGCCCUGCGCAGCGACAAUGUCAUCGAAAUUAUGUCAGCUGCUAGCUACCUGCAAAUGACUGAUGUAGUGAACUUUUGUAAGGGCUACAUCAAGUCAUCCCUGGAGAUCUGUAACAGGGAGAGGGAAGGACUGAGAGAGAGACUCAAAGAUAAUGAGGGGUUGGAUGACAGAGGAACCCCUGCUUCUGUCACUAAUGCUCCUUUUGCUUCCAAUUUUGAAGGAGACAAAAGGGCCGCUCGGGUCACAGAGGCCCUCAGCCCUGAUGACGCUCCAACGGCUGCCGUCUCCACACCACCUGCAACAAGUAGCAAAGACUCAGAGAGCGAAAACUCACAAGGAGGAUAUCCCAACCCGUCUCAUAUGAAUGCUCCAAUAAAGAGGAGUCCAGGCCUAGGUUUGGUUAACUCAUCCACCCCAGGUUUGCUUUUGGGGUUGGUGCACCCCAAAAUCGAGUAUGACCCUGAUGAAGAGGGUGAGUCUUCUCGGGAAUCCAAAGACACCACUCUUUAUCAAGGCCCACAUGAUGGGGAGAGAGCGGUUAACACUAGUCCAACUCCAAGCACUGAACAUCCCUCAAUAUCAUUUCCAAUGAAACAGUUCUCAGAUGUGCUAUUCAGAGGGGGAAGCAACCCUAACCGUGAUGAACAUUUCUCCCAGAGCUUGGGGUAUGGUAUUGGAUUUGGUCGUAUGGAUGAGGCGCUUGGCCCCGGGGGUCCCUGUGGUAUGGAGAUUCAAAAUGAUUGGUAUGGGGAUGAUCCAGGGAGACUGCACAAAUGUCCGUUCUGCCCGUAUACAGCCAAACAAAAGGGUAUUUUGAAGAGGCACAUCCGUUGUCACACAGGAGAAAGACCCUAUCCUUGUGAGGUCUGCGGCAAACGUUUUACACGUCAAGAACAUCUUCGAACUCAUGCAAUUUCGGUCCAUCGGUCCACGUGGCCCAUAGUCUGCAAAGGCUGUCGGCAAGUGUUCUCAGGCAUUGUAUCCCAAGGAAUGAAGCGAUAUGGACUUUGUGAUAGCUGCACCUUUGUUACUACAACUAAUGACAACCCCUCCUCCUUGAACCUCAGCAUCCAAUCAGAGGCUAUGGAGAGGGCUACCAGAGACUCCGAUUGGCCUGUAUUCAUGGUGGAAGGGGAUGAAGCAGAGCCCAGCAUUAGUGUUGCUGAACAGGAUGAAACACAGGAUGAAAAGCUAAUUGUUGCAAGACAGCUUGCAGAGAAUGGCCCACUAUUGUAGAUUGAUUUGCACUGUUGCACUUUUUUUUUUAAUGUUUACCAAAUUACUAUCAAAAGAAAGGUCUUUGGGAAGUUGUAAAACACAAGUUUACACAGUGUUCUCCAUUUCAAACUAUAGCCAUUUGUCUUGAGAUUAUUUGGGGGUCAGGAAAAAUGGUUAAUUACUUAAUUGUAUUUACACUUGGUUUUGAUUUAGUAUAAAUCUGCAUUGGUUAAUUAUGAAAUAACAUAUUUUGCUGUAUGACAAUGAGGGCCCAACAGACUAUUGAAUGUGCUGUGGCAUUUGUGUGAAUGAGUAUUGUAAUUGUUUUAAAAAAAGCACCAUCUCAUAUGUGAUCUGCCUUAAACACCAUAAUUAACGGUGUUGUGAGAGUAACACUUUACAAUAAGUUUACAUUAGUUAACAUGAACUAACAAUGAACAAUACUUUUACAGUAUUUAUUAAUCUUAGUUAAUGUUAAUUUCAACAUAUAGUAACUUAUUUUUUAAAUCAAAAGUUGUAUUAUGUUAACAUUUGUUAAUGAACUAUGGACUCACGUGAAUUAACAAUGAAUUGUUUUAUUAACUAACAUUAAAAAUGAUCAAUAAAUGCUGUAAAAAUAUAAUGUUCAUUGUUAGUUCAUGUUAACUAAUGUUAACGAAUUGGACCUUAUUGUAAAGUGUUACACCAUUGUGAGAAUGUUGUCUGUCCCAGAAGUAUUUUGUUUUGUCAUAGCACACCAAAAAGAAUAUAUAUAUAUAUAUAUAUAUAUAUUUAAUUUGGUUGGCUACAAAAGAGAAAAAAAAGGUUAUUUAUUCAAUUGUGUUUAUGCAACUAUUAUGUUUAGCCUUUAUAUUCAUUAUCUUUGCUUCAUGAAAGUCAUAAUGCUAAUUGCAUUUUUAUUCCAUUUGUCUUCCUUUGAGA